AUGGGGCGAAGGAAUCGGGACGAUCGUUCAUUUCCGUUUACUGGUGUCACUUUAAUUUCCUUUUCUUUCUUUCUUUCUUUUCUUUCUUUCUUUCUUUUUUUCUUUCUUUCUUUCUUUCUUUCCAGCUUUUAUUUUUACUUUAUUGUCGUCUUUUUAUCCAGUUUAUUCCAUUGUUCUUCUUUCUUUCAUUUUAACCUUAUUUCUUUCUUUCUUUCUUUCUUUCUUUCUUUAUUUAUUUAUUUAUUUAUUUAUUUAUUUUUGCUUUAUCUUUAUUCGCUUUCAUUAUUUUUUCAUUCAUUCAUUUAUUUAUUCUUCAUUCAAUCUUUCAUUCAUUCUUCAUUAUUUCUUUCAUUUCUUUCAUUCUUUCUUUUUUCUUUAUAUUUUUCCCAAUUAAUUCUUUCUUUCGAUCCUUUUUCAUUAUUUUUGUAUUCCUUUCUUUUUUUCUAUUCUUUCUUUAGUGUUCAUUUCUAUUUAAUUAAGAAUUUGUUGACAUUAACAUUCUUGAACUUUUUAUUCGUAAUUUCUUUCUUUCUUUCUUUCUUUCUUUCUUUCUUUAUUCUUUCCUUCAAUUCGUCAUUUUUCCUUCGUUUUGUUUUUCGUUCUUUACCUUCUCUUCCUCCUUGUUUACGUUCUUUCUUUCUUUCUUUUUUCUUUCUUUCUUUCUUUCUUUUUUCUUUCUUUCUUUCUUUCUUUCUUUUUUCUUUCUUUAAAUUAAUUUUCUUUCUUUACUUCUUCUUUCUCUUUUUGUUUUCGCUCCUUACUUUUGUCUUCUUUCUUUUACUUUUUUUUAUUUCUCUUGCAUAUUGUUCUAAAUUCACUAGUGAUUACAGUUGUCAUUUGUUUACGUUUUCAUCUCUUUUCCCUUUUCUUUUUUCGUUGUUCGUGCCAUCAUUACGACGAGGAAAAGAUGAAAGAGGAAAUAUUUUAUCCUUUUCUCGUUUAUUUCUUUUUUUAAUUUUUUUCAACUCUUUUCUUUUUUCUUUGAUUUCGUCCUCUCUUUUUGUCAUAUGCUUCUCUUCUUACUAUCUUUCUUUAUUUUCUUCAUUUUUCCUUUCUCUCCGUCACUUCUUUCUUUCUUUCUUUCUUUUCUGUCUUGCUUUCAUUGAUUUAGCGUUUCUAAUUUUCCUUUCACUUUCUUCUCUGCUUUCUUUCUCUUCUUCACCCUCUUCCUUCUAUAUUUUUUGCUUUUACUUUUCCUUCUCUUAUUAUUUGCUUUUGUCCAUUCUCUGUAUCUAUUUUCCUUUAAACUUUCCUUUUUUUCUUUCAUUGAUUCUUCUCUCUCAUCUUGUCUAA